CAGACAAAUUCCUCUAAUCCUCCCUCACUCCACACAUGGACAGGGUUUUUGAUCAGGAAGGAGCAGAAGUAGGGUUUUUCCGAUUCUCCAAGUCACUCCUUGAAUCAAAAUUAGUAAUCAGUAGUUAGAAGAAGAAGAAGAAGAAGAAGAAGAAGAGAUGGGUGUGCAGAGGAAGGGCGGAACUAGGGUCACUGAGGAACCAGAGGAAUUAGCUCGACACCCAUUGCAAGCCAUCUUAUUGGCUGAUAGCUUCACCACCAAGUUCCGUCCCAUCACCCUCGAACGCCCCAAAGUGCUAUUGCCUUUGGUGAAUGUGCCCAUGAUUAACUAUACUCUGGCAUGGCUCGAAUCCGCUGGAGUUGAAGAGGUUUUCGUGUUCUGCUGUGCGCAUUCUCGACAAGUGAUCGAUUAUUUGGAGAAGUCGGAAUGGUUUUCGCAGCCCAAUUUCACUGUCACAACAAUUGAGUCGCAUAAUUCUAUUAGUGCUGGAGAUGCUUUGCGUUUGAUUUAUGAACGCAACGUGAUACACGGGGAUUUUGUCCUUGUUAGUGGGGAUACUGUAAGCAACAUGUCGCUCACACAGGCAAUUCAAGAACACAAGGAGAGAAGGAAAAAAGACAGUAACGCAGUAAUGACUAUGGUUAUUAAACAAUCAAAGCCAUCUCCAAUCACCCACCAGUCACGGCUUGGUACCGAUGAAUUAUUUAUGGCAAUAGAUCCUCAAACAAAACAGCUUCUGUAUUAUGAGGAAAAGGCUGACCACAUAAAAGGGUUCAUAUCUCUUGAUAAUAUGUUGCUUGCUGAUAAUCCUUCUAUUUGUCUGCAUAAUGACAAGCAGGAUUGCUAUAUUGACAUCUGCUCUUCAGAAGUUCUGAGCCUUUUCACAGACAAUUUUGAUUAUCAACACCUUCGCCGUCAUUUUGUGAAGGGAUUACUGGUUGAUGAUAUUAUGGGUUACAAAAUAUUCACUUAUGAGAUUCACUCAAGUUAUGCGGCUAGGAUUGAUAACUAUCGAAGCUAUGACACUAUCAGUAAGGACAUUAUUCAGAGAUGGACAUAUCCAUUUGUGCCAGAUGUGACCUUUUUUGCAAAUUCUGCAACUAAGGUUGAGAGAGAAGGGAUGUACAGAGCACCCGAAAUAGAGCAAUCACGUUCUGCACAAAUGGGUCCUUUUACUGUUGUUGGAAAAGGGACCAGAAUUGGGAACAACUCAAAGAUUUCAAAUUCUGUUAUUGGAAAAAACUGUGCAAUUGGAUCAAAUGUUUCAAUAGUAGGUUCCUAUGUAUGGGAUGAUGUCACUAUAGAAGAUGGUUGUGAGCUAAGGCAUGCAAUUGUAUGUGAUGGGGUGAUAAUAAAAUCAGGUGCAGUCUUGGAACCUGGUGUGGUGUUGUCUUUCAAGGUUGUAAUUGGACAACAAUUUGUUGUCCCUGCCUACUCAAAAGUGUCUCUACUUCAACAGCCAACUAUGCAAGAUAGUGAUGAAGAAUUGGAAUAUGCUGAUAGUAACAGUGGAAUAUUAGAUUCGUCAAUUUCAGGUACUAUGGAUAAGUUGAAUGGGGAGAUGACAUCUGAACCAGCAUCAGAGCUUGGGCCUGGUGGUGCUGGUUAUGUUUGGUCAAUCUCUGAAGGAGGUCAUGAAGAUGAAUGGAGGCAUUCAGUGGCACCUAUUCCUGCUGAGAAACUUGCGGAGGCUAUGCAAGCUAUAGAAGAUGAUUUGGAAUUGUUGAAUCUAGAUGGAAGUGCUCUAUCACCUUCUGGAGAGUUGAAACCUGACUAUAACAGUAAUGAUUCUGAAGGUGAUGAUGACUCUAGAGAUGACACCUUUGAGAAGGAGGUUGAAGCAACCUUUUUGAGGGCUGUUCAUGAAAAUAUCAAAGUUGAUGAUAUAAUCCUUGAAAUGAACUCACUCCGGUUGUCAUACAACAUGACGUCUGCAGACUGUGCUGGAGCAAUAUUUUAUGCAAUGAUGAAGUUGGCAUUAGAAACUCCACAUCCUGCUGCUGGUGGUGAAUUAUACAAAAAUGUUGCAAGUAUUGUAAGUACAUGGCAAAAGCUGCUAAAGUUCUAUGCAAGAGAAAUAGAUGAUCAGAUUGAAGUGAUAUUGAAAUUUGAAGAAAUGUGUCUAGAGUCUGCUAAGGAGUUCUCGCCAACUUUUUCCCAGAUUUUGCAUCUUUUAUAUGACAAAGACAUUUUAGAAGAGGAUGCCAUAUUAAGAUGGGCCGAUGAGAAAAAGGAUGCUGAGGAAUCAGAUAAAGUUUUUGUCAACCAAUCAGAAAAGUUCAUUCAGUGGUUGAAGGAGGCUUCUGAAGAAGAAUCUGAAGAACACAACUAAGAUUGGAGAAAGAAACCUAUUUCGGUAAUUGAGAUUGUAAAGAAGCUGAUUUCGGUGACUUCUCUGGCAGAUGAAAGUUUUGAAUUGGGACUUUUAUGUAUCAUCUUUCAUGUGGGUUACUGGUUUUCUGUUAAUAAUGAUUAGGGAAUUAAUUACAGUGAUUAAGUUCCCUCCAUUAAUCUGCUUUUUUUUUUUUCCCACCUUUUUUUUUGGUGAAAUCCACACGAUUCCAUUUGUGUAGAAGUUACAGUCAUGGUUCGCGCCUUCGCGGCAACUCAAUCUUGGCAAUUUUAAAGUAACCAUUUCAACUCAAAGAGCUUUGAUAUUGAUCAGGACGUUAAACCCUCACAUAAAGUUAAUUUGUCAUCGUUUUUUUAUAAUUAUUUUUAUUUUUCUUUAUGGUUAGGGACUCAUUGGAUUAACUUUGUUAGAUUGUAAACGUUUUCUUUAGUGAAUGAUAAGCUCAGUCAUGGGUGCCACUGUGAAAGUUAUAUAUGAUAUCUUCAUUAUUACAAAAAUUAA